AUGAAGAGGUGUGGCGCGAACAGUCUCUUUCCUCUGCACGAGAUCUGGGAAAAUUUCUCAAUCUUAAAGAAGGAUUCUGUAUCAACACCCGCUAAGAAUACUGUGGGACUCGCUGCAAGUAUUACUGUAGUCACACCUGUUAAGAGUCUAGUUAGUGCAUCAGAAAAUACUAGAAUGCGAAUGAAACUCGAUGGGGAGUUGAAAACGUGGGAAUCUCACGCCAUCGCGUUCGCUACCUCUGCUUUGCUCUCGGCUAGUGCGGACCUCGAUGAAGCAUAUGUACAACACAAGCAGAACAAACCGUUUCUGGGGACUUGCGAGCGCUUUGGACCCCCGGCUUCCUCUAGAAAAUGUUCACUGCUCUCUUCCCUUCCAGCCGACGCCUGUGACAAAUACAAGUCAUCGCACAGUGUGUUGAUCACUGGUUAUGGGGAGGAUAAAGACGGCACCAAAUAUUGGGAGUUCAAGAACUCCUGGGGCACGGAUUGGGGAAUGCAAGGGUAUGGUAGACUGCUCCGUGGAAAAGGUGGCGAAGGUGAAUGUGGCAUCCUGAAGCAAACUUACUAUCCCCUUUUGAAGGACGACCUCGAUCCUGGCGAGCAGUGUGUGUAG